AUGAAACUCACCAUCUGCCUCCUCCCUCUCACCCUCCUCGUAACUGCACCUGGCGCCGUCGUGGCCCAAGUCUGCGAAUGGUACCUCAACCCCGACGAUUGCAUCUGCAUGCUCUCCACCGACGGAUCUCUUUUGCGCAGCCAAACCGCCUUUUGCUGCAAGAAAUUGGGGUACAAGACGAUGAAUAGUGGCAGUUCCCCGAUUCAUCAUCCCCAUCUCAAGUCCUUAACAUAG